AUGAACCCAACUACAGCCAGCUCUGUGACAGAACUACUCAUCUCCUCACACCAGGACAGUCUUCAAAUUGUCAAUAAGUCAUUACCCGAAAAUAGACAACGACGACACACAGCCUUGUCUUCAGUGCACGCGUUUGCUUUUCUUCGACAAGCCGAGCCUGAGACUUUGGAGAUUUCCAGAGCAGCUGAGCUCUUUCAAACAACUUUGCAAGUGUUGACAAAAAGAGCAAGAGAGCGAUAUCAGAGAGACGUCACUGCACCAGAGCUGCUUUCAUUGGAGCAUGUCGGUCUGAUUGCUGAGCUGUCACGAUGUCCUUCUGCAGUACAUCCAGCCAUCUGUCAGCAGAGUCAUCUCAGUAAAUACCGAUCUGUAUCUGGAAUCUGCAACAACAGACAAAAUCCUCUCUGGGGAGCAGCCAACACUCAGCUGGUCAGGUGGCUGCCGGCUGAAUAUGAAGACGGUGAGAAGGAACCAAAGGGUUGGAACCGUGGACGGCUCUAUAAUGGAUUCCAGCUUCCUCCGAUGGGUGAUGGACUUUCUGGUGAGAGGCGCUGUAUGCCAUUUCAUCGCUCCACACCUGCAUGCUUCAACAAUUUUGGGUCGGAUAUUAAACAGGCUUUCCAGCGACAGCAGAUGAACGCCAUCACAUCAUUUAUUGACGCUUCCGUUGUUUACGGACACACUCCAGUACUCCAGCAAUCUCUCCGUGAUAUCCACAGCCGUAAUGGGAAACUUGCUGUGAAUACUCACUUCAGUGAUUCAGAAGGAAGACCUUACCUACCCUCUGUCGCCACUGUGCCAUCAGCCUGCCACCAGGAUCCCAACGACCCACAGAGGGAGAGAGUGGAAUGUUUCAGGGCUGGUGACUCCCGGGCCAACGAGGGUCUGCCCUUGACUGCGCUGCACACGCUGUGGUUGAGGGAACACAAUCGAAUUGCAGAGACACUGAGAUGGCUCAAUGGGCACUGGAGCCCCGAGACUGUUUACCAAGAAACCCGCAAAAUUAUUGGAGCGCUGCACCAGAUUAUAACCAUGAGAGACUAUGUUCCAAAAAUUAUUGGCCUGGAAUCCUUCCAGCGUUACAUUGGACCCUAUAAGGGAUACGAUCCAACUACAGAUCCUUCUGCUUCCAAUGUGUUUGCCACUGCAGCAUUCCGGUUCGGCCACGCUACUGUCUCACCAAUACUCCGGAGACUCAAUGAGAGCUUCCAGGAACAUGAGCAAUUUCCCCACCUGAGGCUGCAUAACACUUUUUUCUGUCCUUGGAGAAUCGUGAAAGAAGGUGGAAUUGAACCAAUCCUCCGAGGUGUGAUCGGAACACCAGCACCAACUGUUCAUGCAGACACACUGAUGGCCGAGGAGCUGACAGAGAGGCUGGUUGUCCUUAAUAUAUCGCAACAGAUGGACCUUGCUGCUCUGAACCUACAGAGAGGACGCGAUCAUGGACUUCCUGGAUACAAUGAUUGGAGAGUAUUUUGCGGAUUGAAGAGAAUUAAGACAUUAGAAGAUUUCAUAGAUGUCGCAAGUGACCGCAAUGUUGCAGAAAAGAUCCUGAACAUGUACAAGCAUCCUGAUAAUAUCGACAUAUGGCUCGGAGGACUUGCUGAAAACUUGACACCAGGUUCAAGAACUGGUCCCCUCUUCAGCUGUCUUAUUGCAAAGCAGAUGAAAGCUCUCCGGCAGGGUGAUAGGUUUUGGUGGGAGGGUGAAGGCAUGUUCUCCCAGCAACAGAAGGCCGAGCUUUUAAAGACAUCUGUUUCUCGCAUCAUUUGCGACAACAGCGGUAUAAAGGAAGUCCUUCGUGAUUCCUUCAUAUUCGGGCAAUACCCUUCUGAUUAUGUCCCUUGUGAUCGUAUACCAUCAAUGCAUUUGGCGGCUUGGAAAGAGAAGAAGAGUACAGGUUAGGGGACACAGAAGAGUGAUAAGACCUCACAAUACGAGU